AUACGGUUCCUCUUGACGUGAGCCACCGUCACCCUCCGAUUUGUCAUCCGCUAGUGAAGUUUCGAAACUUCGUACAAUUGCAGCUGUCUUUUGAUAAUUUCAAGAGUCAUUACUUUGAUUGAGCACUACAGUCUUAGAGAGACGUUUCGUCAGGGACGGUUGCGUCGGGUUAAUCUCCUAUUCGACUUUCUUCCCUCACCUUUUCUGAACGAAGUUUGUGAAGAUGAGCUUCUUAUUUGGCAGUCGCUCUUCAAAGACUUUUAAACCAAAGAAGAACAUCCCAGAAGGCUCGCAUCAGUAUGAACUUCUGAAACACGCUGAGGCCACACUUGGCAGCGGCAACCUGCGGCAGGCUGUCAUGCUUCCUGAGGGAGAGGAUCUCAACGAGUGGAUCGCUGUCAAUACGGUGGACUUCUUUAACCAGAUUAACAUGUUGUACGGCACCAUCACCGAGUUCUGCACCGAGACCAGUUGCUCAGUUAUGUCCGCGGGGCCGAGGUAUGAAUACCACUGGGCUGAUGGCACCAACAUUAAGAAGCCAAUUAAGUGUUCAGCGCCUAAAUACAUUGAUUACCUGAUGACAUGGGUGCAGGACCAGCUGGAUGAUGAGACUCUCUUCCCCUCAAAGAUUGGUGUGCCAUUCCCUAAGAACUUCAUGUCCGUGGCGAAGACCAUCCUGAAGCGCUUGUUCCGGGUGUAUGCCCACAUCUACCACCAGCACUUUGACUCCGUCAUGCAGCUGCAGGAAGAGGCCCACCUCAACACCUCCUUUAAGCACUUCAUCUUCUUUGUGCAGGAGUUCACCCUGAUCGACCGUAGAGAGUUGGCGCCCCUGCAGGAUCUCAUUGAGAAGCUGUGCACCAAAGACAGAUAAAAUAGCAGAAAA